AUGCUCAGGGUGUCCCCAGUGAGCAGCCACAGCUCGCGCCAUGGGGUUAUCGUCAUUAUAGUUAUUACCAUGGGUACCAGUCUCAUCGUUGUGUACAACAACAGCUUCACGGACACGUCAGGGACAGCGUAUCACACGGAUGCUGCUGCUACUGGGCCGCUAAUGGAUAAGCCCAGGAAAGCGCAGCCUAAACCAGGAAGAGCCCUGUCACCAACCCUACAGGGCUACACUGGAGUCAUCGAUCAAAAGCCUCUGAGGAUGCACUGUAACUGCUGUGCCCUGGUGACCAGCUCGGGCCACCUUACCGGCAGCAACCGCGGGGACGAAAUCGACAGCACCGAGUGCGUCAUCCGCAUGAACGACGCCCCGACUGGGGGUAGUUUCCAGCGGGACGUGGGCCAGCGUACCAGCCUGCGCGUCAUCGCCCACUCCAGCCUGCAGAGGGUACUGCGGAGCCGGCAGGAGCUGCUCAACGCCAGCCAGGACUCAGUCUUCCUCUUCUGGGGACCCAGCAGCUGUAUGCGACGCGACGGCAAAGGCCUGGUCUUCAACAACCUGCGUAUGGUCAACCAGCUGCUGCCCAAGCUCAAGGUCUAUGUCAUCUCCCAGCUCAAGAUGCCGCAGUUCGAUGAGCUCUUCAAGAAGGAGACAGGGAAAGACAGGAAGACCUCUAACUCAUGGCUGAGCACUGGCUGGUUCACCAUGGCCAUUGCCCUGGAACUCUGUGACACGAUCAAUGUCUAUGGCAUGGUGGCUCCUGACUUUUGCAGGGCUCCUUCCCAUCUCUCGGUGCCGUAUCAUUACUACGAGCCUUCGGGGCCUGACGAGUGCGCCAUGUAUCUCUCCCACGAGCGGAACCGGCGCGGCAGCCACCAUCGCUUCAUCACGGAGAAGACAGUGUUCGCCAACUGGGCUCGGAUGUUCGACAUCCACUUCUACCAGCCAGACUGGACCCCGUCCUCUACUCUCAAUGGAAACAGCUCACUCACACCUGCUUCAGAUGGCUCCUGA